UGGUAAAAGUUUUUAAGACUACUUAAUUUUUUUAAUAUGAAAAAGGUUGAAAAGUAAAUUCAAGGAAAUGUAUAUGAAAUCAAGAGGGUGCAAUUAACCGAAAUUAAAAGGUGGACAGGAAACGACCAACCUGAUAAAGGGCGCUACAAAAUUGAUAUGCUCACACUGUGCGCCAUGCCUUCCAACAAGCGAGUGGUCGUGGCAAUUUUAGUUCUCACGACAUUUAUUUUGAGUGCUUACAAAUUUAAAGAAUGGAACCAGCGACCGCAGACUCUUUUGGCUUACACAAUGGACCAAUUUAGCGGACUGGCUGAGAACGACCCUGUUUUGCUCGAUUACACUAGAAAUCUUUUGAUCGAACCGGCAGACCGGAAUUCUCCUUACGCCCUUUUCAACCCUAAUGCCACCGAUUAUACAAAUAUGAACUCGUCUUUAAUAGCUUACUCGCUUUUGAAAAACAGGAACAACGGAUUUUUUGUUGAUUGUGGGGCUUUCGAUGGAGAGUCUUUGUCCAGCUCGCUGCCGCUGGAGAAAUUGUUUAACUGGAAGGGUUUGCUGGUCGACGCCGGUCCUAGACAAAUUCAACGACUUUUGCUCAAAGGCAGAAAGGCGUGGAUUGCGCCGACUUGCAUGAGCAAGAACAAAACGUCCAUGAAGGUCACUUUUGUGGACAGUGGGCUGCAGAGCAAAAUCGUGGAAAGUGGCACAAAACAGAACGAAUACACUUUUAACGUGGAGGCUCUUUGUAUUCCAUUUCACACUUUCAUGAACGUCCUCGGAAUAACAAAAGUGGACUUUUUUAAUCUGGACGUUGAGGGAAACGAGCUUGAUAUUUUGAGAACUAUUGACUUUGAUCGAGUGUCCGUUGAUUUAAUGGUCAUUGAACAUUACAACAGUCCUGUUGCGGUUCACACUGAAAUAAUUGCCCAUAUGGAGAGAAAUGGUUUCAAAAUGCACCACAAGGAUACCUACGACUUCUGGUUUAUUCACAAAAGGGUUUAAGUUGUGAACUUAUUUCUAGUUAUCAUUGGUACUCAUGUUUAUUUUUACAUUUUUAAAACGGUCUGAAUACUUUGGAAAUUUUAAA